AUAUAAAAAAAAAAGUAGUACAAAAUAAAAGGAAAGCUCUUAAUCUUUAAAAGGGAAGCCUUCUCCCCAACCACAAACCUCCAACUAUAACUAUCACUAUUCACUACCAAACAAAUCUAUUCUCUUCUAUUCUACUAUAGUUGGAGGCAAAAAAUGGAUCCUGAUGCCUUCUCCGCGAGCUUGUUCAAAUGGGACCCUCGGGCCGGCCUCGCACCCCCGAACCGGCUCCUGGAGGCGGUGGUCCCCCCUCCGAUGCGGCCGCGGGAGCUGGGCGGGCUGGAGGAGCUUUUCCAAGCUUACGGGAUAAGGUAUUUCACGGCGGCUAAGAUAGCCGAGCUGGGUUUCACGGUGAACACGCUUGUGGACAUGAGGGAUGAGGAGCUUGAUGAGAUGAUGAACAGCCUCUGCCAGAUUUUCCGGUGGGACUUGCUCGUCGGGGAGAGGUACGGCAUCCGCGCCGCUGUCAGGGCCGAGCGCCGCCGCCUCGAAGAGGAGGACGCGCGCCGCCGCCACCUCCUCUCGGGCGACGCGUCGCACGCUCUCGACGCACUUUCGCAAGAAGGGUUGUCGGAGGAGCCGGUGCAGCAGGAGAAGGAGGCGGCGGGGAGUGGCGGGGGAGGUGUGUGGGAGAUGGUGGUGGCGAACGGGAGGAAGCAGAGGCGGAGGAAGAGUUGCAAGGGGAGGUCGAGGAUGGCGUCGAUGGAGGAGGAUGAGGAGGAGGACGAGGACGAGGAGGAGACGGAGGAGGGCGGGGGGAAUGAGAGGCAGAGGGAGCACCCGUUUAUCGUGACGGAGCCGGGCGAGGUGGCGCGUGGGAAGAAGAACGGCCUCGAUUAUCUAUUCCAUUUGUAUGAGCAAUGCCGCGAUUUCUUGAUCCAAGUCCAAAACAUAGCCAAGGAGAGAGGAGAAAAAUGUCCCACCAAGGUGACGAACCAAGUGUUCCGGUACGCGAAGAAGGCGGGAGCCAACUACAUCAACAAGCCGAAGAUGCGGCACUACGUCCACUGCUAUGCGCUGCACUGCCUCGAUGAGGAGACGUCGAACGCGCUACGACGCGCGUUCAAGGAGCGCGGGGAGAACGUGGGCGCGUGGAGGCAAGCGUGUUACAAGCCGUUGGUUACGGUUGCAUCUAGGCAGGGAUGGGACAUUGACGCGAUCUUCAACGCCCAUCCCCGCCUCUCCAUUUGGUACGUCCCCACCAAGCUCCGCCAGCUCUGCCACGCCGAGCGGAGCAGCACCGCCGCAUCCAGCUCAAUCACCGCCGCCGCCGCCGGGGUCGAUCACCUCCCUUUUUAGUCUUGUCCAAUUUGUGCUUGAACUAACUUGACCUAUGCUUUUGAUUAUGUUAGUUUUUAUUAGUAAUGUCUUGGUUACAUUA